AUGAGAGGAGCCAUCAUUAAGCUGCAUAAAGAAGGAAGAAGGCAAUGUGAUAUUGCGAAAUCGUUAAAUAUCGGAAAAGCUACAGUAUCCAAAGUGGUCAGACGGUAUGUAGAGCUUGGACAUGAUGAUGACAGACCUAGAAGUGGCCGUCCAGCAACUGUAAACACCCGCGCCAACAGACAGUGGACCAAGAAGCGAUUCAUGCGUAACCCAAGGACUCCGUACGUAAAAUAGCACGAGAGGCCGGUCUGAAAGAAACUUCACUUUGCCGUAUAGUCAGAAAGAACUUGAAGAUGAAGCCGACAACCUCAAGAAAGUUCAGAAACUUACUGAUGAAAACAAAAAAGUACGGUUUAAAAGAAGCAAAACUCCGAUACACCGGGCCGCUAACGGAAAUUGGGAGCGCAUUUUCUUCACUGAUGAGACGAUAUUCACGUUGGAACAGGCACACAAACCCUCAAAAUGACAGGCAUUACUCUACUGAGCCUCCUAGAGACUUGGCCAUCGUCGAACACCGUCAACACCCUCGGGGCAUUAUGGUUUGGGCAGGAGUAUGCACCUCGGGCAAAACUUCCUUGAUUUUUGUUGAUAAAGGAGUAAAAAUCAAUAAAGAAGUGUACCAAAAGGACAUUCUGGAAGCCGUAGUACUUCCUUGGUCCCGAGAACACUUCAAGAACACCAAAUGGACGUUUCAACAGGAUUCUGCUCCAGCCCAUAAAGCCAAAACAACACAGGAGUGGUGUCGGACCCAUUUUCCGGUCUUUACCACCUCAGCUGAAUGGCUUCCGUACUCCCCCGAUCUCAACCCAAUGAAUUACAGUAGUUGGUUGAUAUUGGAGGCAAGGGUGUGUUGUAGAAGACACCAAACUUUGGAGUCUUUGAAACAAGCAUUGAUCGAAGAGUGGGACAAACUUUCGCCUCAGGACCUGCGGCCCAUCGCUGAAAACUUUGUGAAGCAUUUACGCCUCUGCGUAGCGGCAAAGGGGGGCCACUUCGAAACCUGA